AUGAGACCUCAACCACCUGAUUACAACGACAUUACCAAAGAUAAUCUUAUGCCUCUUCAAUCCAAGGUUACAGACGCAUUGAGGCGGGCAUAUGUUAAUUUAUGUAAUGUCGUCAAAACUCAUGCUUUAGUAGCUUUAGGGCUAACGAUUUACGAAGAUUUAUCUACUGUUCAAAAUAAAUCUUCCGAGUCACCAGAAAAACAAUAUAAAGUUGAUCACACAAUAAGUCCACGGAGUUUGCAAUUCUUAUCAGAUACUGGUUUCGAUUUUAAUAAACAAAUUCGUAAUGGAAUUCCUUAUAUUCCGGGAAAUGAUCCAGUUAAUCUUCCACAAGAUUUGAAUACUUUUACAGCAGAUUUAUCUGAAAUGUUUAGUGCUGGUAUAUUUGAUACUAAAUACGUGGCAGAUUAUGUCUCUAGUGAAAACACUUCUUUUCUCGCGUAUUUGUUUAGAAAAUACGAGAGAGAGCAAGUAGAUUUUAAAAAUUCUGGAGAUAAAAACUAUUUGUUGUUGAGAAUUCAAGAAGGUAAUUUUGACUUUACAAGUCUAGAACCUUCAAAAUUGAUAUUGGAUCCCACGCCUACGUCAUCAAAGCGUCCGCGGGAAGACCGUUAUUGUGAUCAAUAUGCACAACAUGGAUUUUGUUCAAAACGGAUGAAAUGCGGAUUUUCCCAUGAUUUAGAUCUUAUAUUAGAUGGACAAACAAAGACAUCCUCAAAGCGUAAACGUAAACGUGGAAAGGCUAAAAAGACUCCGAAUAAAAAAUCAACGAAAGUUCACAUAAAUGAAAGAGAUACAAUUAAUAAUGAAAUUCAAGAGGACUCCUCAAAUAACCAAGAUAAUUUAAAUAAUUCGAAUAAUUCAAAUAACCAAGAUAAUUCAAAUAGUGAUCAAAAUAAUCAUUCCGAGUAUGCGACUGUAGCAUUACCUCCGACUCUCAUACCUUCCACAAAACCCGAUCAAUACGAUAAUUAUCAUUCGGCACAUUAUGAUGCUUACAUGACUGGAUUUAUUUUUGCUUGCCAAUUAUUGAAAUAUUCAAAUAUAACUGUUUUAAAUAAUUAUAAAAACAAAUUAUAUCUCAUGGGAAAAAAUAUGCCAUUAUUGGUUCAAAAAAGUGAAUUUAGCAAUACAAGUGUGGCACAUAGAGGGAAGAGUAAAUAA